AUGAAUAGUACUUUGUUAGGAUAUAUUUUUAAUUAUGAAGCAGAUAGACUGAAAUUUCGAAUCAAAGAUGAAUUACUCAAAGAUCCGGCUGAGGAAAUAACAAAACGGAAGAUUCUUCAAGUUAGAGGCGUAUUAUACGAUCCUAUCGGUUUCAUAUCGCCCUUUGUUGUUACAGCUAAAAUGAUGAUGCAAGAAUGUUGGCAAAGAGGAUACCAAUGGGAUGCACAACUUGACCAAGAAUUGUGUGUAGAAAUCCAAGAGAAAACUGAUCAAGAUUGGUGGAAUUAUUGUCCCAGCCAUGAGAAUCCUUCGAACUUAUUGACGAGAGGGCAGAAGGUAGAAACCCUUUCAAACAAUGAACUGUGGUGGUAUGGCCCCCUUUGGCUUGUUAAAGAUAACAACUUUUGGCCCAGAUCUUCGAAAAAUUUUAAUGAAGAUGAUAAAAUAACAAAUUCUGCGAAACGAAAAGGAAAGAAACAAGAAAUCUUAACAGCAAACUGUAUUGUUGAAAACAGCGAACCUAUCAUUCCUAUCGAAAACUUCAGUGACAUAAAUAAAGUAUAUAGAAUAACAUCUUAUGUUUUCAGAUUUAUCAAUAAUGUGAAAAAACCAAAACUAAGAAGAAUUGGAUCUGUCAAGCCUGAAGAGAUGACUAUAGUAGAGAAUUUCUGGAUCAAGAAAACUCAGGAAGAAAAUUUUAAAGAAAUAAGGAAAUUAAAGAUGAAACAAAGCGUAGAUAGUUCGAAAAUAUUUACAUUAAAUCUAUUUGUAGACUCAGAUGGAAUACUCAGAGUAGGUGGAAGGCUUCAAAAUGCUGGGUUAAGUUAUAAUCAAACAUACCCAGCAAUAUUAUCUGAGAAAUCUCAUUUGACAGAUCAUAUCAUUAAGGAUUGUCACGAAACGCAAAGACACGCUGGUGUAGCUGAAACUUUAACUGAAGUUAGAGAAAAAGUUUGGAUACUAAAGGGUCAACAGCGUGUAAAGAGUAAUAUUAACAAGUGUGUGGUUUGCUACAGAUUUAAAGCUAAGCAACUAAGUCAGGAUAUUGCUCCUUUACCAACCGAAAAAAUAACAGAGGCAAAUCCCUUCGAAGUUGUAGAACUUGAUUUUGCUGGUCCUAUGAGUACAAAGGAUGAAACUGGGAAGGCUUAUUUUGCUCUGUAUACAUGCGCUCUGUAUACAUGA